AGUCCAUCUAAUAAAGCCAUAAUUAUAUGCAAAGGUUACUUUCUGACGGUUAGAAUUUUAAAAAUUUCCCUUUCUGUUCUCUCUUCUCUUCUUCCCCACUCGCUCGCUAACCCUAUCGGGUUCUUUUUCCUUCUUCUUCUUCUUCCCCGUUUCUAAUUAUUUGGCUUCGGUUUUAAGACAGAAAAAUGAUCUGAUUCCCUCCGCAUUCCGUUUUACUUCUUCUCCCCCUCCUCCGUUUCUUACAUUCCAAUCUCCCCCCCACCAAUUCACCCUCUUCAUAAUCUGCAAUCGCAAACCGGAAUCGCCCAUCCUUUUGAAUUCAAACUCUCUCUUCCAUGGUGAUGACCUAAUCCCCUCUGUUUCCCUCUCCCAUCCCUUUCUGCAACUUUUGAACCAAACCCAGAAAUUCAAAUCCCUCCUUUUCUGCUGCUGUUGGGUUCCAGAGAACCCGUUUUCCCCCCUUCCCCCCUUUAGCGUCUGGAAACAAUAGGAGCAUGAAGAGGGGGAAAUCGGACACCCGAUUGGACAAGUUCGGCGCCGUCACGCGGCAGCGAUCGUUCCACGUUCUUAUUGCCUUGGGGGUCCUGUAUUUCUUCCUCGUCACAGUGGAAAUUCCUUAUUUAUUCAACUCCGGCGCUAGCUCCUCCGUCUCCCCCGACGCACUCACUCGCCCGUCUAAGCUCCAGAGCGAGGAGGAUUUGCUGGACAAAGACGCCCCUUCUCGCCCUCGCUCAUGGGAAUCCCACACCACCGCUGCCUCUGCCCAACCGGGUCCGACCCAGCUCCUGCCCGCUGAAAAGAUCGCACUCCCCAAGAACAUCCUCUCCAGCUUGAAGUUCGACCCGGAGACUUUUGAUCCGACUAAGAAGGACAGGUCCGUGGAGCUCCACAAGAGUGCCAAGACUGCUUGGGAAGUUGGCAGGAAGAUGUGGGCUGAGAUCGAGAGGGAUGAAUUCGACUUCCUGGAGCUGAAGAAGCCCGAGAACCGUACUGAGUCGUGCCCCAACUCGGUGACGCUGACUGGGUCUGAGUUUCUGAGUCGCGGCCGGGUCGUGGAGCUUCCUUGCGGGCUCACGAUUGGUUCCCACAUCACGGUGGUUGGGAAGCCGAGGGCAGCUCAUGCAGAGGCUGAGCCCAAGAUAUCUCUGGUUAAGGACGGCGUGUCGUCGGUUAUGGUGUCCCAGUUUAUGAUGGAGUUGCAGGGUUUGAAGAUCGUGGAUGGUGAGGAUCCGCCCAGGAUUCUGCAUUUCAAUCCGAGGUUGAAAGGGGAUUGGAGUGGCAAGCCUGUGAUCGAGCAGAAUACUUGUUACAGGAUGCAGUGGGGCACAGGUGUACGAUGCGAAGGGUGGAAAUCUAAUGCUGACGAGGAGACAGUUGAUGGUCAGGUGAAGUGUGAGAAGUGGAUCCGUGAUGAUAACAAUCACUCAGAGGAAUCAAAGGCUACUUGGUGGUUAAACCGGUUGAUUGGCCGAACCAAAAAAGUGACGUUUGAUUGGCCAUUCCCAUUUGCAGAGGAGAAAAUGUUUGUUUUGACUCUAACUGCUGGUUUGGAAGGUUAUCACCUCAAUGUAGAUGGGAGGCACGUGACCUCUUUCCCUUAUCGCACUGGAUUUACACUUGAGGAUGCCACAGGACUAACUGUGUAUGGGGAUGUUGAUGUGCACUCCAUAUUUGCUGCAUCAUUGCCUGCAGCUCACCCUAGCUUUGCUCCUCAGAGGCAUCUUGAGAAGUCCAUUGUAUGGAGAGCACCAGCCCUUCCUAAAGGGCCUGUGGAACUUUUCAUUGGCAUUCUUUCAGCAGGUAACCAUUUUGCUGAAAGGAUGGCAGUCAGGAAGUCUUGGAUGCGCCACAGACUGAUCAGAACUUCACAUGUGGUUGCUCGGUUCUUUGUAUCACUUCAUGCACGAAAAGAAGUGAACUUGGAAUUAAAGAAAGAAGCCGAAUUUUUUGGAGAUAUUGUGAUAGUGCCUUACAUGGAUAACUAUGACCUUGUGGUUCUGAAAACCGUUGCCAUCUGCGAAUAUGGGGUCCGGACUGUUGGCGCAAAGUAUAUAAUGAAGGGAGAUGACGACACUUUCAUAAGGGUAGAGACAGUUCUUGAUGAAGCUAAAAAGGUUCCCGAGGGACGAAGCUUGUAUAUUGGCAAUAUAAAUUACUUCCACAAGCCCCUCCGACACGGGAAAUGGGCGGUCACUUACCAGGAGUGGCCCGAGGAAGAUUACCCGCCCUAUGCCAAUGGGCCUGGCUACAUUUUGUCAGCGGACAUAGCCAGAUUCAUCGUCUCCGAGUUUGAGAAACAUAAAUUAAGACUGUUCAAGAUGGAAGAUGUGAGCAUGGGAAUGUGGGUUCAGAAGUUCAACAGGACGAAAGCAGUGGAACUAGUGCACAGCUUGAAGUUCUGCCAGUUCGGAUGCUUCGACGGCUAUUACACAUCGCACUACCAGUCCCCACGGCAGAUGAUCUGCCUUUGGGAAAAGCUGCAGAAGUUUGGUUUGCCUCAAUGCUGCAACAUGAGAUGACAACAACUCCUAAUGUAUACCGCGCCCUGUAUUUCAAUACCAGGUACGAGAACCACCCCGAUAUGACAUGACAUCAUCAUUCCUCCCCUAGUCGGCCUAACAAUGACAGAAAAUGCCGGAACAGUGUAGUAAUGUGAAGAAUAUACAUCUUGGAGUUGAGAUGUCGGGGGCGGGGAGAAAGAGGUAGAAGAAGGGAAAACCAGAGUUCUUUUUAAACUUAACUGUAGGCCAAAAACAUUCUUGUAUAUAUGCUUGUGAAUUCAAGUAAAACAAGAAAAAUCUGAUGUUAGAACUCUGUACUACUGCACCAAGUUUUCCCAAUUCGAGAAAAAUCCUUCUUUUGAAAGUUCUGGUCGCAGGAUUUACGUUACAGGAACUGAUCUUAGUGAAGCAAACAGUUCUUCUUUCUAUCUUUUUUUCCUGGGUAGAAUCUUCUUUCUAUCCUUUGAUCAUGGCUCAUUCCCCGGCCGGUGGAGAUGGCUGGUAGCCGGCUAGCAAUGGGUGAUUGAGACCCUACUUAUUAUAUCUUUGAUGGCACAUUUGGAAAGGAAGCUGGUUCCCCUUUUUCCUAUUUUUGUUCUGGCAGCAAGUGGGUAAUGUAGUAUUCUGAGUUUGUGACAGAACAACUCCAGAAGAACGAGUCAGCCUUCACCCAAAAGGGGAAAAGAAGAGGUCUUUUGCGCUGUUUUGCUUUUUAACAAAUUCGUGCAUGUUCGUUUAUGCUUCUUCCAGUCAUUUUCCACCGUCAUGUCGACCAUUUACAAGCUCGGAUCUUCGGCAUAAACUCAAGCUUACGUCGUUGGAUUAUAUGUGCGAUAAUUCUAGAUUGUUGAAUGCAGACGAUGGUAAUUUUGUAUGUUCAGGCCAGUGGCACCGGAGCUCGUCUUUCUUUCUGGAAGUUUAUUAUGCCGUGCGUCCUACGUUUUACUUUCACACUCUAAGAUAUGCUUUUGAUUAUCAUAAUAUGCUUUCUGGGAGGAAGAACCGUUUCAGGUAUGAUUUGAUGUGGGCCUGCCUGCCUGGCUUUUAAGUUCUUUCGUGGAUUAGAUGGUUAGUGUUGGGCUUCAUGUGGGCCCUAGAGGAUCACGCAAAGAAAGCCCGUUCCUCCAUGGAUUUACAGUGUCGCGGUAGAGGAACAUAUUGGCGACAAUACAUGACUUGGUGCUUCUCGUCAUGGCAGCCAUUAUUGCCAAAAGUUAGAGAAUUAUUGAGGAGAAUCUGUGCCCUAUCCAUCUUACAAUGAAGAUCGUAAACAAUGGAAAUACAUCAGUCAUCAAUAAGUUGAAAACUUUUUUCCCUCUCUAUUUAUUGAAUAAUGUGUAAUUUGGAUUAGCUCUAUGGUUGGACACGUAAUUUUCUAUUAUUGUUGAGUGUUGACCUAAAAAUUCAAACCUAGCGUAUGGUGAAUUAUUGUAAGACACACAUAAUUCGUUAUGGUUAUUUGAAAUAUACUAAUUCUGAUUACAUAGUCCUAAUUGGUCUGAGAUUUUCAAAGUGCGAAAUAUUGAAGUUUCUAUGUGAAAUUUCUGAGCUGCUUGUUUAUCUUUCAACUAACCAUUUUCAUAAGCUAGUUGGAUAGUAACUAAGCCUAUGAUAAGCACAAAACGAGGAAAAAAAGGUGUAACACAUGCCCCUGGCGGAGUAACAACAACAACAUGCUAGGAUUGAACAAGAACCAAGAGCAUGAUUUUAAAAUGAACAUGCGAUCAAUAUAAUCGGACUUAACGCGAAGAUAAUGAUUUAAAACAUUCUGCAUCAUAGAAAGAACAAUUGUUAUUGCAUAUUUUCCUAUGAUUAUAUAAGAUGUACAUGACGAGCAUAUAUACACAAAUAUGCACAAGGAUGGGAGAUAGUUAUAUAUGCACAAAUACAAAGAAAACACCAAUAAGCAGUGAAGGACCUUAUCAAUAAAAAGUAGUUUGAAAGAUCAAGAAAACAACCAUAUAUAAUUACACAUUAUUAGAGUUGAUGAAAUGCACUUUGUGAGAAGAAGAAGAAGAAGAAGAAGAAGAAGACAAGCCUCUUUUUCUUAGACAAUAAAGGUUACUUUCCCUUUCCGCUACAAGAAAGGUUUCGAAGUAUGGUUGGUUGCUAAUGGAGGAGCUAUGUGGAUCUAGACGUUUUUGUUGCAAAAUCGCAUCAUCCACUUUGCCAUACAUGUGUACAUUUAUUUGACUUAUUGGGUUGAUAGUAUUGGACCAUACACUAUGGAUUUUAUUUUUAGAAUCAUCCAAUCGACCAAUAAUCCAAUAAUAUUAGUUAUUGUUUUCUCAUUCAAACCACCAAUAAAAUCAUAAAUCAGUACAAUCUGAUAUUAUCCGCCCGCACUCAAAUGUUGAAAAUGUAAGUGAAUAGUUUUUGAAAUCUAUAGGUCCCAAGGUUAGAAUACCACAUUAGUAGGAGAACUCCUACCAAAUGGGUAUAAAGAUUGGGUUCUCUCAAGUCUGAACUAAUGGCGUGCCCCUUGGGGUGACACACUAUUGUGGGAGAGGGAAGACCUAAUGGACCACCACAUACGUGCAUGCGCAGUCCGACUGACCGGUCCGUCGAGCGAGUGGGUGGAUCGACCAUGGACUGACUUAUAUUUUUUUGGAAAACUCCGAAUUAAUUAUUUUCUAUUCUUAACCGAUACGAAGAUAAUUAACUCAAUGGAAUAUUCAAGAGAUAAUUUGGUCAGGAAUUAACUUACCGACGCGGUUUAAUUAAGGAAGUAAUUAUCUUCCUAAUUAACGCGACUUAUUCCCCAAGUCAGAGGUUAUAUUCUUAGGAGUCUUGGCUCCGAGCAGAAACACGAGCGAGAGAGUGUGCAAAGAGCUCCGGUUUUCGCACAAAAUCACCGAGCAUCCAAGAGGAGCUGUUUUAUUCCAGAGACAACCAAUUGAUAGUUUGUCGUGCACAACGAGGGCAGUGUCGCGAACGUCUUAAUGAAAGCGACCUAGUCCGUGACUCGGCUCCAUAUUCGGUAAUUGUUCCUUUUUGUUGUUCCGUUAGUAACAUCAAAUCUAUACUAACCAUAAUAACAAAUUUUGAAGCAAAGCCAUAUCUCACCACGACUCGAUGCCUCCUUGCAUCAAAGUGGAAUCCUCCAUUAAUAUAUAGUAGAGUUUUGUAAGCUUUUCUCCAUUUCAAAUUUCCUCCAAUGAGAGUGAAAGUAGGAAGGAUAUUUUUGUCUUUACAAUUAAUUAUUUAUUUCAUAAAAAAUAUCAAUAUCAAGACUCGAACCUGGGUCUCUUCAAACAAAGAUAGCAGUCAUAACCAAUUAUACUAAGUGUAUUUGUUGUUCCUUUUUUAAUACAAAACAUACAUGUAUUGAAACUGUGAAAAGCAGAGAACUUUUUCAUCAUGAUUAACAAGGGCACUAAGUCUACCAUAUGUAUUUUCAUGGUGCUUAAUACUUCAAUUUUCAUAGUAGUUUCAUUUAAUUUUAUCAAUUUUUAGAAUUCAUGCUCUCUCCUUAAUGUUUCGCUAAAGGUAUAUUGGUAAUUGGCUAACAUGGAAGAAACUAUUUCCUUUAUUACGUGUUGUGUCCUUGCAUUUUUCAAUAUAAAUUUAAAUUUUGUGCCUUUUUAUCUUUGUUCUUAUCUCUUUCUAAUUUUCUCCGAAAUUCCCUCCAUCGUGCAAUAGUUUGCGUGCUUUCACUUCCCAGUAUAAGGAGCAUUUGAAAAUCAACAUUCGGGUAUCUCUUGGCACUGCAGUUUUAUUCUUGGGAAUUUAGGCUGGGCAAGUAGAAGAUUUCAACUCUCAUAUCAAUCCAUGAUGAAUAGAAUGGAGUUCAAUCAAGUAGUCAUGGCCUGGCCUUGAUUAUCUCGCUCGAUUCCUCUGCAUUGGCAUCACCCAAUGGUUCUGUCUCUCCUCGAUGUACUAUCAGAAGAACUAUUUUGUUGCUUAUAUUGCUGAAGGCAAUGUUUGAUCAGUUAUAACUUUCGCCUUUACUCAUCUUCCUAUACCAGGCAUUGACCUUUAAUAGGUUUUCGGUUUCCGACCAAGGUUAAUCGCUUUGCACAUGUAAGUCAUUCAUUUCUUCUCUAUGUCUUAUUGCUUUAUCUUUCUGAUUAAUAACAAAAUGACUUUUAUUUCACGACGUCUCAUGAGCACAACAUGCAGAAUAUCUAUUUCUUUUGAUCUUAUUGCCUUAUACGAUUUUUAAAGCUCGGGGGAUCUCCUGCGUUAUUUCUCCUCUUUCUGUUAUUAGGUUUCAACUUCAAUGAGUUUCUAUCUUCAAUUAAGGUUCAUCGACUUGAACUGGUUGGCUAUUAUUUCCUUCCCGAUUUAUCUAAGUUUGUUGUUUAUGAAUGAUUUUUAUAAAAUAUAGAAAAUGAAUUUGAACGAUGGUUUGGGUACUAUAUUUGUUUGUAAGCAAAAGAGAUGUUUGUGUAGAACAGGGCAGUUGUACUUUCCUAGAGCCCUGUCUACUUUUUUGUUGUUUGUUUCCGAUACUUUAUUUUUGUUCUUUGCUUAGCUAUUGAAAUAAUAAAAUAAGAUCAAAAUUAGAAAAAAGGUUUCUUUUCAAUUACAAUAUUUUCACUCAUAUUUGAUUUUGUGAUAACUAAUGUUCUCCGCAACCCUAAUUUUCCUCAUUAAUUUUUAUUCUUAUGGUCCAAUUCACUAAUCAAAUUUUGAUAUUGUUUUAGAAUUAGUUAGAAAUUGAGCUUUCAUGCAACAGUCUAGGAGUUUGGGGUGUUGAACUUGGAGUAGAAGAGUUAGGAUUGAGUUUGAGAAUGAGAGUGGUGGUGGGAAGAAAAAUUCAACUGUAGCAGGUUAAGGCAGAGAAGAGGGAGUUACUGAGGGUAGUGAUCGAAUUGAGGAGGGUGUUGAAAGACGCGGAAGCAAAACUGGAGCAGUUGAAGAAAGAGAAGUGAGAGAUGAUGAGGAUAUUGAUGAAAAUGGAGAGGAUAUUGAAGGACAUGGAAGUGUGCUGAAGCAGGUGAAGGCAUGCAAGGGGGGAGAUGAGCAUAUUUAUGGAAUUAGAGAUGAGUUUUGGUUUUAGCAAACUUAUUAGAACUGCCCAUGAGGAAGAUGAGUUGGCAAAACACAGGACGGGGAUUGAGGAGUUGAAGAGCGAGUUGACAAGAACCCCAAUUGGAAGAGAAAUUCAGGGCCGCAGAGAGAAAGUCCAUCAAAGUAGCAGAAAUGGAGUUGCAGAAGGAGGAUUAGAAAGUGAAUGUUUGGUUGAAACAUAUGCUUCUUGAGAUUGAAGAUAGAGUAGAUAAAAAUUUGGUUGUUCAAUGGAGAGUGGUGGCUAUUGGAUCAUUAGGUUUAUGGUUUUUGCAGCUACCACAACCUAUUUCUAUCUUAAAACGAGUAAUUAUUGAUUGAUUUAAUGAAGUAGGUCGAUUCUUUAUUCAGCCUGUUGGAACUGAUAGAUAAGGACUGUCUAAUUUUGCGUCAUAUUACUUUGAUCGAGUCUAUUAGUAUAUUGGAGGUAAUCCAAUUUUGUCGUUUGCUCUCAAGUUUUGAUGGUCCUCUCUUAGCUUAGUUGUUAGUAUAUAGUUGACUUGAACCUACAACCCUCCAUUUCUUUUUUAUUAGUGGCAUAUUGCCCCCAAAAUGAGAGCAUUGAACCAUUUACGUAGGAUUGUGAGGUUUUAGAUUCAGUUUCAAACUAUCUAUGGGUCGUGUGGGAAUUCCAGUGAGCUUUUAUACUCUAUCUUUCUUAACAAUCAACUAACUAAUAACAUAUUAACUGGGCUUAAUUAUCAUUAUGAAAAUGACAUGUUUUAUACAUUUUUAUAUUUUAUUUUCUCAAAUGAUGAUGAUAUUUCUCUGAAUGUUCGACCUAUAUAUUCUUUCUUUAUGUUUCAUCUCAAUUGAAAGAUUGUCAAUAAAAUUAAACGGGUUAAUAGACUUUAAAGUAACAUAAAAAGUAUAAAAAAAUCAAAUAUAAACAUUCCGGCCAACGGGCCGGGUUAUAAGCUAGUCUGAUUAAUAUUGUUGAAAAGGUGGGCAUUAAGUACUAGUAUAAUAUGGAAAAAAUCCCAAAAUACACAAAAUUUUUUUUAAAAAUCCCAAAAUACACACGUUUUAUGAAACAUUCUCAUAAUACACAUGUUUGGGUAUCACUUUGGUCGUCAACCGCAGUGAAUGCAUUCAUCGCGGCAGACGAAAGCGGUGAAUGCAUCACCGUGGUUGACGGCCGUGGUGAAUGUCUGACAUAACACUGAAACUUCAAACGAACGUAAUUUUGCGCUCGGUUAUCCAAUUGUAGCGAAUUAUUUUUUUGAUUCCGCAUAACUUUUCAAGGUCUUUCAAUCUGAAACAAGCCUUCAUCCAAUAUAAAUGUCGUUUGCUACCCCAAACGAGCAAUUUUUAGAUUUUGCCAAACUUUGGAAGACCAUAACUUUUUGCUCCUCAAUCCGAACGUCAUGAAGUUUUAAAAACUACAACUUUUACUAGGAAAGAAUUUUUUAAAAAAUAAAUAUUUUUGGGUCUACAAGAUUUUUGGAAUAACUUUGCCUUUACUUUUCACAAAUCCACAUGCAUUCCAAAAUUAUGGUUAUGAUCAAAGUUGCAGUCCUUCAAAAGUUCUGCGAAAUAAAAAAAAGUUUCAUGACAUUCGGAUUGUGGAGCACAAAGUUAUGGUUUUCCAAAGUUUUUCGAAAUCGAAAAAUUGCUCGUUCGGGGUAGAAAACAACAUUUUUUGGGAUGAAGGCUUGUUGCAAAUUUCUCGUUAUGCCCAACAUGUAUAUUUUAAAAAAAUUUCAUAAAACAUGUGUAUUUUGAAAAAAAUUCAGUAUAAUAUGAUGUUAUCUUAUCGUGGGAUGUUGUCAUGAUAUAUAUAUAUAUAUAUAUAUAUAUAAUUAAAUACAAGUGACAUCAUCUUGCAAAUAACCAACUUUACCUACAUUGUAGGUCAUGACUCAUGAAUUUGGUCAAAAUUGGAUCGGACCGUUGAACACCCCUAGCAUCGGCAAUGAAGGAGCAAAGAAAGAAGAGGAAUAAGUCCUAGAUUUACAAUCAAAUUGAAUAUUUUGUUCAAAUCUCACAUAUGUAAAUUGUCUGAUUUACCUAACGAAAUAUUUGGGGUCAAUUCUUCCUUAUAAAAUUCUUAAUCUGAACAAUUCAUGUAAAAAGUCAUCAAAUACUCAAUUCGAUCGAAGAGAAGGAAUAGUGCAGAUUUUUCGUUAGGGAUUUCCUUGAAUAAAAUGUUGUAUUUUGUACCUAAAUUUUCUUUUGAUGAUCAUUCAACCUCGGAUAAAAAAGCUUCUGAGCUAAACUGACUUAAGGUGCCAUGAAUGGAUGACACGUAUGCAAAUGUGGCCCGCUGAAUCUCUCUUUCUUUUUCCAGUUCCCCGCAUCUUAUGGAAGCCGGAAAUCUGAUCCAUUCCAAAAAUCAAAAUUAUCCAACUCGAUCCCACUCACUCACUCACUCACUCACUCAAUCCCCACUUGCUUUUAGGCCAAAUGCUUUUUAAACAACAAUUGUACAUCCACUUUAAUACAGACAACUAUGCAUUUAUUUGGUUACUCAUUCUCAUCUAGUUUAGGAAAUUUUGGUUAGGAAAUCUAGUUUACGUAUUGAGGUGUUUUGACAUAAUCAUGGGAGUGGGAUGAGUUAGGGUGAUUACUAGUUUUUUAGUAAUCACUGUGGCAACCUACAUCUACACCCUUCAUUAUCUCCAUUUUUUUCUUCUUUUUUAAAAUAACGGUUAAGAUUAGAUUAAGGAUAGUUUUGGAAUAAAAAAUUAACAUACAUGAUUACUACCUAUAUUUAUGACUUACCAUCUCCUUCCUUUCCUCUAAUCCUACGACCACUUUCUUCUCCCAUUUUCUUUCCGCCGCCGCAUGAGCUUUUGUUUCCUCCCUCUCCAUCCCUGUGACCUGCGGCACGGCGGAGAAGCCCGGAAUCAGAAGGGAAAGGAUGGAAGACAGAGAGCAAUGGCGGGUACUAAUGGAGAGUUGUGGAUUUCAGGCUCUGGCGCUGAGUAAUUACGCCAUGAGCCAGGCGAAGAUCCUUCUUUGUUUCCCUCCUCACAAAUCCUAAAGCAAGCUUCCAUUUCUUUCUUCAUUGAAUUAUAGGUAUACCUUUGACACUUACGAAAGCAAGCUUCCAUAGUUCCACUCCAUCUCUUUCUUCUCCCCCAUUUCUUUUCUUUUUUUUCCUUUUUUUCUAGAAUGUCAACAGAACAGCACCAUUGAUUGGAUCAUUCGUAGUCACUUCCACUCUCUUGAUCUAUUAUGGCACGAACACAUCUCCUAUAUCGCAUUGGUAUUUAUUUUUCCGCAUUGGUAUUUAUUUUAUCGCUUUGCUUCUGCAGGUACUCCGGAAUGGUAGUGUUUGCAUUGGUAGAGAAUUUGCUUUGGUAGCUAGCUACCUUGCAUUUUAUUAUGGUACUGUUUGCAUUAUGCUUUGGUGGGGUUACCUGCAUUUUCUUUGGUAGUGUGUGCAUUACGCUUUGGUAGUUACCUGCAUUUGUGUUGGUUAGAUGGAGCAUUAUGUUUUUUAGUAGUUUUCUGUAUUUGGUUUGGUAGUGUUUGCAUUAUGUUUUGGUAGUUUGUCUGUAUUUGUUUUGAUAGUGUUUGUAUUGAUUUAUUUAUGCAAUGGUAUUGUUUUGAUUCCACAGUAGUAGUGGUAUUUGUUGUUUUGGUAUUUGUUUGACUUUUGUAAUGGUAUAGAUUAUUUAUAUUGGUAGUUUUCGUGUAAUGGUAUAGAUUUAUUUGUGCAAUGGUAUUGAUGUUUUUCAAAAUGGUAGUGGUUUUCUAAUGGAUUGGUAGUGAUUUCAUGUUUUUUCUUUGUUUUUUCUUUUGCAGAAAGAUUGAGAAAAAUAUGAAAAGGAGAUCUGGCUGGAGAUUAUGGAAGUGAGAGAAGGAGAAAGAAUUAUAAUUAAUAGAUUUUUGUAAC